CUGCCAGCGGCGUGAGCUUCGGCCGCCAUUUUACAACAGCUCCACUCGCGCCGGACACAGGGAGCAGCGAGCACGCGUUCCCCGCCAGCCGACCCGGUCGGACAGGAUUCCUCGGCCGCAGCCCCGCGGGAAGAUCUCUGGAAACAUGGCUACAGAACAUGUUAAUGGAAAUGGUACUGAAGAGCCCAUGGAUACUACUUCUGCAGUUAUCCAUUCAGAAAAUUUUCAGACAUUGCUUGAUGCUGGUUUACCACAGAAAGUUGCUGAAAAACUAGAUGAAAUUUACGUUGCAGGGCUAGUUGCACAUAGUGAUUUAGAUGAAAGAGCUAUCGAAGCUUUAAAAGAGUUCAAUGAAGACGGCGCAUUGGCAGUACUUCAGCAAUUUAAAGACAGUGAUCUCUCUCAUGUUCAGAACAAAAGUGCCUUUUUAUGUGGAGUCAUGAAGACUUACAGGCAGAGAGAGAAACAAGGGACCAAAGUAGCGGACUCUAGUAAAGGACCAGAUGAGGCAAAGAUUAAGGCACUCUUGGAAAGAACAGGCUACACACUUGAUGUGACUACUGGACAGAGGAAGUAUGGGGGACCACCUCCUGAUUCCGUUUAUUCAGGUCAGCAGCCUUCUGUUGGCACUGAGAUAUUCGUAGGGAAGAUCCCCAGAGAUCUAUUUGAGGAUGAACUUGUUCCAUUAUUUGAGAAAGCUGGGCCUAUAUGGGAUCUUCGUUUAAUGAUGGAUCCACUCACUGGUCUCAACAGAGGUUAUGCGUUUGUCACUUUUUGUACAAAAGAAGCAGCACAAGAAGCUGUUAAACUGUAUAAUAAUCAUGAAAUUCGUUCCGGAAAGCACAUUGGUGUCUGCAUCUCAGUUGCCAACAAUAGGCUUUUCGUGGGCUCUAUUCCUAAGAGUAAAACCAAGGAACAGAUUCUUGAAGAAUUUAGUAAAGUGACAGAGGGUCUCACAGAUGUCAUUUUAUAUCACCAACCGGAUGAUAAGAAAAAAAACAGAGGCUUUUGCUUUCUGGAAUAUGAAGAUCACAAAACAGCUGCCCAGGCAAGGCGUAGGUUAAUGAGUGGUAAAGUCAAAGUCUGGGGAAAUGUUGGAACUGUUGAAUGGGCUGAUCCCAUAGAAGAUCCUGAUCCUGAAGUUAUGGCAAAGGUAAAAGUGCUGUUUGUACGCAACCUUGCCAAUACUGUAACAGAAGAAAUUUUAGAAAAGUCAUUUAGUCAGUUUGGGAAACUGGAACGAGUGAAGAAGCUAAAAGAUUAUGCUUUUAUUCAUUUUGAUGAGCGAGAUGGUGCUGUCAAGGCUAUGGAAGAAAUGAAUGGUAAAGACUUGGAGGGAGAAAAUAUUGAAAUUGUUUUUGCUAAGCCACCAGAUCAGAAGAGAAAAGAAAGGAAAGCUCAGAGGCAAGCAGCAAAGAAUCAAAUGUAUGAUGAUUACUACUAUUAUGGUCCACCUCAUAUGCCCCCCCCAACAAGAGGUCGAGGGCGUGGAGGUAGAGGUGGCUAUGGAUAUCCUCCAGAUUAUUAUGGAUAUGAAGAUUAUUAUGAUUAUUAUGGUUAUGAUUACCAUAACUAUCGUGGUGGAUAUGAAGAUCCAUACUAUGGUUAUGAAGAUUUUCAAGUUGGAGCUAGAGGAAGGGGUGGUAGAGGAGCAAGGGGUGCUGCUCCAUCCAGAGGUCGUGGGGCUGCUCCUCCCCGUGGUAGAGCCGGUUAUUCACAGAGAGGAGGCCCUGGAUCAGCAAGAGGCGUACGUGGUGCGAGAGGAGGUGCCCAACAACAAAGAGGCCGCGGGCAGGGAAAAGGGGUCGAGGCCGGUCCUGACCUGUUACAAUGAAGACUGACUUGCUAUGUUGGAUUACACCAGAAGCUUGCAGUGGAGUAAUGGUAAGGAAAAUCAAGCAACCUUAAAUAUCUCGGCUGUAUAGGAGCAUAUUCUAUUGCAGAAGACCUUCCUAUGAAGAUCAUGGAAUCAAAUACGGGACAUUGAACUAAUACUUGGACUUUGAUAUGAAUUUCUUUAACAAUUUUCUCUGCAGUGCAAGUUAUUAAACUAAAGCUACUCUAUUUUCCAAAUGUGUUCCAACAAAAAUCCUUCAUAACUUCUAGCAUGGUAUCUUAAUAAAGAAUAAAGUUCUUCUCUUUAAAAAAUCUGCUCUAAGUAGAUUUUUCCCCUCUUUUUAAUUAAGGAUCUCAGCAGUGGUAUUCUGAAAUAUUCUCUUGAAUUUGUGCAUUUAAAUUUUAUUGCAGUGAUAUAGAUGAAUGCCACUGUUGGUACCCUUAAAUUUUAUUUCUGCUCACCAAGGUUAAUCAUGAUUGUCUAUAUCUUUUUUAUAGUAAUCACUUUUGAAUUGUGUUCAGAUGCAGUUUCAGGUGUAAUCAUCAGAGCUGGUUAGUCAGGCAUUCCAGAUAGUGGUUCUUUUCAGAACCUUUUUUAAAGGGUUGGUUAACUACCUCAGUAGCAGAGGAUUGAACUAUACCCUGUCUGUACUGUACAUAGAAAAAUCUUUGUAGAUAAAAGCAAGGCUUGUUAAAUAUGAUAUGAGGGUAAGAUUUUAAUAAACCAAAUGUAACAUUCUUAGUUGCCUUUAGUUUCAGAGGCUUGUAAGACUUCCUCAUGACCAUCAUAACAGGCCUUGCUUUUGUCGUAUUUUGUGGCUGAAAAAGCAGCCUUGCUUCUUCAGAUAUGUAGUUAUUUGGAUGUAUAAUAGUUUAGCAAGAUGUUACUUUUGUAAGACAUCAGAUGUUCAAAAAAGUGCAUCCGAACUUGUACUAAAUACUGCAGUGUCCCUUUAUAAAAAGUCAGACUAAAACUGACAGUUGUACAGCAAAGCCUGACAUUUGGAUAUUUUGAAGUUUUUUCAUAAAUCAUAGAAAUUAGUAUAUGGCUGUAGUUUAGCUUUUUAGGUAAAAGGUAUGUUUCAUUAGUGCAUUUGUUACUGCUGAUCACUAUAAAAAUGUGAAUCAGCUUUCCAUUUCUUAUGCAGGUCAUGAUAACUUGUAGAGUAGAGUACAAUCAUUUGUGCUAUGUUUUUAAUUUUCUAAAGCACCUUGAUGACAGUGAGUGUUCAGUGGUGAAGCAUCCUCUAUUGAAUCACCCUCAAAAGUUUUUUGCCAAGUCCUAAGUUGAUAGCUUAAAGUCGAAAGUGAAAUUAUAGUUUAAGUAGGACUUGGUGUAAAGAAAUACCUUCCCCUUCCCCAAAGGGAUACUGCAGUUAUAUCACAUAACCAAUAGGCACCACGAUGAAGAUCAGAGCUUAUACCUAAAUAAGGUUUUAUACACACCAGUUUCCCAGUAAAUGCAAAUUUAACAAGAAAAUUAGACAUGUCAUAUGUUCAAAAUGCUCAUGGCAAACAAUCAUUUUGCAUUCCUGCAAAUAAAAUUGUUUUAUACUGUAA